UUCGGGCUUUAUAUUUACCUUUCAGAGAUAUGUAAAGUAAAUAUUAGGGAAUGAAUUUUACGACCUACUGUGGGAAUAUAAAAUCGUGCUUCGUGCAUUUUAUUCAUCGAACUCGAGUUUGAAAGAUAUUGCGUUUAAACGAAGACACCUGACUGUAGAGCCUUAGGAUUUCAACGUUUGCAUUUUGUGAGACACAAAUACGAAAGAGAUUUCCAUAAAAUGGAUCAGUUAGGUUCGGAGUUUUCGCAUCUUCAUAUAGCUAAUUUUCCUCAGCCAACUGCAGAGCAGGAUGUUCAUAUGUCUGGUCCUGCUCAGCCUACUCAACAAGUGCCGGACUCAGCACCUAAUCCUGAGAACUUGAUAUUGAUUCAGAAUCAACUCGUUAGGCUGUUGCAUGCUGGCCAAUGUCAGAAAAGAGAACGUCAAGCUGCCGAAGAAGGAGAAUACGUCGCUCCGUGCAUGAUACCACAAUGCAUAAUGAUGAGAGUCAUAUGGAAUCACAUUGGUAAGUGUUGGGAUGGUAAUCAAUGCCCAACUGCGGACUGUGCUUCUUCCAAGCAGUUAAUUUCACAUUGGAAAACAUGCCAGAAUCCAGAUUGUCCUGUUUGUCUUCCUGUGAGGCAAAUCAACGAUUUGCAAAAUAACAGUUAUGCGCCCUCAACAUCGGCCGGUCAUGCAGCAAGUCCGAUAGGCGCGCAGGCAGCUCAAUUCUCUCAAAUGCCCAAAUUACUGUUGGGUUCGGGGCUUCCGAAUUUUCAUAAUAUCGUAUCUUAUCCUCCUGAGCCUGCUUUGCCAAGGCCGGCCACAGCAUCUGAUCCUGAGAAGAGGAGACUGAUUCAGCAACAACUCGUGUUACUAUUGCAUGCUCACCAAUGUCAGAAGAUAGAUAACCGAGCUGCCGAGAACCGAGAACAAUUUCAGUGCCAAUUACCACAUUGCAAAACGAUGAAAAACAUAUUAAAACACAUGCCCACUUGUACGGCCGGUAAACAGUGUCAAAUUGCGCACUGUUCAUCUUCCAAGCAGAUAAUCUCACAUUGGAAACAUUGCGUGCGUCCGGAAUGCCUAGUUUGUGUUCCUUUGAAAGUAGCCAGAGCGCGGGUGUACAGUAAUUUUCUUCAUCGCAUUUAGAUGCAAUCUUAACUUCGGUCGGUUAGCCCGCAAAUCCGCUUGGUACGUAGGCAGCCAACUCAACUACCAUCGAAAGCUUCCCGUUUUGGGUAAUAAAUAUUGUACAAAUUUUUGUUUCAAAUUAAUCAAAUAUGAGUUCAUUUUAUACGUCGUUUUAUACCAAAUAAUAAUAUUAUGAUGUUAUUACAGUAUAAUACACUUAUUCAUAAUUUAUUGGGUAAGUGCUAUUAUAAAUAAGUAUGUAAAUAAAUAAUAAUAAAUAAAUAAAUGUACCUAAAAGUAAAAAAAAUAAUGUCGAGGCUUCUCUCUG